AUGGGAGGAUUUGAAUAUGAAGUAGAUCCAAGUAGUGAUUAUGGUAAUCAACCAAAUAGUGAAUAUGAAGAAGCAUUAAGUGAUUAUGAUGAACCACAAAGUAGUGAAUACGAAUUUGUUGGACAAUCGGAAGAAAAUACGAAUCAACAUAUAAUGUAUCAUCAUGAUCAA